AUGAAGCUACAUUCUAAAUUUUUGCCUUUUACUGGGGAGCCAACUUCACGGCGGCAGCAACUCGGGUCAGCGCAGCAGCGCCCCACCCCCCGCCCCGGGCUAUUCCCCGCCUCCUUCAAGUACAUCACUUCCGUUGGUGCGUCCGCCUCUGCUCCGCCAAUUGGUGCGUUGUGCGGUGGAGCCCCACUGCCGCGAGUCUGCGGGUGGUGCUCCGAGGUUACAAAUACUUGCGGUCGCGCAGUGCUCCCCUCGGGCUGCCGGCCGGAGACAUUUUAUUUUUCCAGCUCAAGUUUUCAGCUCCGACGCUCACUUUCUCCUUUCUUCGCUUCCUCCAGUCUUUAUCGCCCGGGCAUCCCAAUAAGGAGCAACCGCCACCGGCGCGAGGAGCGCAGCACGUGGCUCUUUGCCGCCUCGAAGACACCAACUGCGGAAGUGUACAUGCAUUUCGCGCUUCCUCCUGAAGGCAACCUGCGCUGGGCUCGAGGUCGUGCCAUUGACCCUUCGCGGCUUCCAAGAAGUCCGCCAGCUAGAGCUCUGCAGUUUUGCAUGCGAGACCCAACUCGCCGGAGCAUCGGAAGACUGCAGGCAAGGUACUUCCACAAGUCAAAUUCUGUUAAGAUCAAUAUGAGCUGCUGAUCCACAAUGAUGUUGGGAGCCUCCAAACCAGAAGUUUCUCUUAUCAAGGAAAUCACAAGUCUGGACCAGGACAUAUCUGGAGGAGCGAAUCAUAAGCAAACAUCGCACUUGUCUAUAUGUAAUUGUUAUUGGGAUUUACAGUACAGUUAUUUAUCUAGAAAUUAUGUGUUGGAUUUAUUGUAAAUUGAAGCAUUUUUUCACUCUGAAUAAUUCUAAAUUUUCUUUGUUUUUACUUUAUUUUUCAAAGUUACUUUUUUCAGUUUUCCAUAUAAGUGCCAUGUUUGUAUCUAGACAAAGAGAAAGCUUCUCCAGCUCUAUGAUCAGAUGCUUUUUCUUGGUGUGUUUUGCAUCAGACACUGAGAUUUCAUCCUGUAAUAUUACUUUCAGUUAACUCAUAUGAUUAUUUUAAUUUAUUAAGGUCAUUUGUACAUUAUUUUGACUGCUGUACAUUAAGUGAGAGUCAGAGUGAUGUAGAACAGAUGUUUAGCUUUGAAUUCAGGAGAAGCAAAGUUCUAGUUCCAUCUGUGUCCUCAGCAGUCCUCCCAAGACUCAGUUGUAUAUUUAUAUUAAUAGUUGAUAAAGUUUUCUCACUGUGUGUUCCCACUAAUAAUGAAAUUCCUGGUCUGGAAAGAAAACACUAUUCUAUCUGGUAAUAAGCAAUAAUAAUAAUAAACAAAAACAUUUUAUUUCAUGACAGACUACUACUAUCUAGUAUUUUUUAGCUAAAUUUUAUAUUGAUUUUAUCAAGUUUUGAAAUAGAAGAACAUUAAGGCUCUUCUCUAGAAAGAGAAGUUUCUUAUAUUGUAAGUAAGGUGACAAAUAUUUGACAUUUAGAAUGUAAGAAAUGUGUAGAUCAGUGGAAACAUUAUUGAAUAAACAUUUUUCCAGCUAGUAAAAGGUAAUUUUAAAAUAAUUUGUUUUAAUGUGUUUGAAGUAUAGCAUAAGCUAUGCAAGACAAUUUAUUUGAAAAAUAAAUAAAAAUUAAAAAAUUGAAAAGGAAAGUGCAUAAUAAUUAAAGUGAAAAUGUCAUGACAGAGAUUAGUAUUUAAGGAAUGUUGUAUGAGAAAUAACAUUUAGCUUGAGAGUUUAAUUUUCAGCUUUUUUAUCAUGAGUUAAAAAAAUACCAUAAAUCUUUAAAACUGACUUAAUAUUACCAUUGUCCUUGCUCAUGCAUGCUUUCCUUUUUUUAAUCACUACUUUAGAGGGAAAGCUAGUCUAAACAAGUUUUACAAAUGAUAGAAGAAUGAAUAAAGAUUUUGAGAUUAUUUGCUUAGAAGAAGGGUUAGUCCAACAUUCUUUCAAUUUGCUUUAAUUUCUUUUCAUUCUUGAUUUAUUGAAUAUGCUAGAAAUGAACAUACCUCCUGAACACUGAGGUGGCUGGGAAUUUCAUUAAAUUAGGGGAAGGAAUGGAAGAAAGGGAGGGAGAAAAAAAUCAGAACACAACGUUUUGCAAAGGUGAAUGUUGAAAGCUCUCUGCAUAUAUUUUGAAAAUAAAAAGCUAUAAAAAAAUUUUUUGAAGUACAAAUGUCUAAAAUUGUUCAUCUCAAAUUUCUUUUGAACGACUACAAUUCUGCUUUACUCAUAGAGCACAGCACUUUCUUUGAUGUGGACACACCAUCCUGGGCAGUCUUUUGCCAGUCUCUCUCAACAUCAUUAAGUUAAUUCCAAAGUUCUUCAAAAAAAUCUUGGGAGUGUUCUUGUCUUCUUUUGAUCUUCAUGUGACCACCUUAAAUUCCCAUUAUUCUUUGCUAGCUCAAAAAGAGAUAUAAAUAUUUUUGUACAUCCUUAUGGUUCAUUUUGCAUAGGACUAGUUUCUCCCUUAAUACACAUUCUUUUAUUCAUCCUUCUCCCUUUUCCUUUCCCU